AUGAAGCGCAACAAGGAGCCUUUACCAGACAGCUACCUAUCCAAGCAGCAGAUUAUCGAUCUAGCCAAAUCCUUCUCGGAUGCGUCUUAUGAGCAACGAGCUCUGCCGCCUGCAAUGGCACGCGGACCCAUCAGCUUCAACACGGCUUGGAGCGCCAUGAAGACGCUGAUUGGCCGAGGAUACGUCUACAGGACCGGCAAUCCGCCUCGUUUCGGGCUGAGCGCCCUUGGCUUCGAGGUGGCCAAGCAGUGUGCUGUCAAAGAUGAUGUGCAAGCAGGGCGGGCGAUCUCGCUGGAACAAGGCUUCGAAGGAGAAGAGAAGCUGCCCAUAGUGAGCGCCGCUGGAAAGGGUCAGCGCGUACAAGCUUCAAGUCAAGCUGGACCAGCGCGAAGCGGCGCCAAAGCUUUCUGCUUCACGUACGUCGAUCCGAGCGGUGCCCACGUUCUGUAUCGCAAUAAAGCAGCAGUACGCCUCAGCGAUGUGGACUACACUCCCCUCUAUCGCAUCUUCUAUCCGACGGACCAACGGGAACACGUGUUUGUCAAGUCCUGUCUGGAUACGGCGCCAGAAGCCCAUGCGGAGCGGAGCGGCGACGUGGAACUGCUGGAGGGCUGGGUCAGAGAAUCUGCCUCGAAUGAGAAAGCAUCUGGCUUAGCGCCAUCCAUGGCUCCACCAGCUCGGGGGUCACUCGCGUCUUGCGAGGAUAUCCCAUCAGUAUCCGCUGGUCAGCGCCUUCAGCAUUAUGGCGCUGCUGACAAGGCAUUGAACGCGGAAAGGCUUCCCGCAAGGCCUGCAGCCAGUAUCAGUGCCGGGCGCGCGUCCUCGGGGCCAAAGUCGGCCGCUGGUACCCAAAGCCUCAAAUCCAAGAAGGACGGGGUAGCAGUCAGCGGUCGCCCGCGAAGCGGUCCCAAACGCUCCCGCAAGCGAUCGAAGAUCUCUGCUUCGUCAUCUUCAUCAGAUUCGGAAUCGGAAUCAGACGGACGUGACAUCGAGGAGGAGACGACGACGACAUGUGCUUCACAUCAGCCUAGCAAGCGCGCCAGUGCUACUACAAGUCUGCAUCCGCACGGUGCCAGCAAGACCGUCGCACGAAUGGCACGCAGCAAUACCGAUCGAUCGCGGAGGAAGCCACUGUCGCCCGCAGCCAAGGCCGGUACAAGCUCUUCCGCGACUUGCCUUCAGCUGCUGUCCUCCUCCAGUCCACCCGUUCAAGAACAAUGUGCAGAACAAUGCAACUCGUCUCCACCUCCUCUGUCUUCGCUCUUGUCGAACCGUUUUGCAAGGCAAGCACUCCGACCAAAGACGCCUACCCACAACACUCAGCCUGCAUUUCGGCGCUCGGCAAGCGGGAGUACGGCCAGCGGUGCUCAAAAAAAGCGCCGGGCUUUUUGCGAUGCGGAAAUCAUAGAGCUAUGUUGA